GAUAAGCGGGAAAAUCUGAGAUAUCUAUCUAUCUUCCUUCCUUUUGAUCGGAGAUGUUAAAUCACAACCUUAGCUUUUUCUUCUUAAAUCUAAGUAUUCAUAUAGUAGGAUGUUGUAGUAUAUUGAUCUACUCGACUACUAGCAUCAUUUCAUUUGAGAUCUUUCUGAUGUUCAAAGACCUACUACACUGUCUUUUAAUGCUCUUCUUCGCGUUAUGGGAUGGACUGUAGACUAAAUCUGAGUUUCCAUCACUGUCCUUUUGCUUGCAGAUAUGAUCCCAUUUGCACAUGACACCACCCAUCAACAGUUGUUUUUUGUUGCAAACCACAUGAGUUUUAAAGGGAAUAACAUGAAGAGUGAAGAAAGAUGGAGUGUGAUUAGGACAAGAUUCUAAACCAUGGAGUUGUAUUGUCAUGGAAUAUGAUGAUUUCAUGGAAAGAUGCAGGAGAUGUUGAGCUUUCUCUAAAAUUGAACUCCUUGUGAUUGAUACUCUCAGCAUAUUUUUGUUAUGGAUGGAAUUUUUUUUUGAUUAUUUCUGAUUUAUUACAUUAAUAAAGGGAAUGUUAAAUAAUUUAUUUUAAAAUUCGAAAUAAAUACAUAUGAGGUUCUUUCUUCUUCUUCUUCUCGUCUUUUCGACUCUUUGAGCUUAAACCCAGAAAAUGGAUUCAUGCCUAGUCUGGUCGCUGAAGCUAAAUCCUUGCCUCACUCCUCUUUCUCCACUCUACCCUUUCACGCCAUGUUCGUUUUCUCCGCCGCUCCGUCUCUCGUCUUGCUACUCCCGCCGCCUCUAUUCUCAGGUCGCCGCCAAGAAACUCAACCACAACAUUAGUUCUGAAUUCGACGACAGAAUCAAUGGCGCUUUAUCUCCAGACGCCGAUUCCCGCUUCCUCGACCGUCAAAAGGCGUUAGAGGCAGCUAUGAAUGACAUAAACAGUUCAUUUGGUAAAGGAAGUGUAACAAGAUUGGGGAGUGCUGGUGGAGCACUAGUGGAGACUUUUCCGAGUGGUAUUUUAACUCUCGAUCUUGCCUUAGGUGGAGGCCUGCCAAAGGGUCGGGUAGUUGAGAUAUAUGGACCAGAAAGUAGUGGCAAGACCACGCUAGCACUCCAUGCAAUUGCUGAAGUGCAGAAGCUUGGAGGUAAUGCAAUGCUUGUGGAUGCAGAGCAUGCCUUUGAUCCAUCAUACUCCAAAGCGUUAGGUGUUGACGUAGAAAAUUUGAUAGUGUGCCAGCCUGACAAUGGCGAAAUGGCUUUAGAAACUGCAGACCGUAUGUGUCGUUCAGGUGCGGUUGACCUUAUAUGUGUUGAUUCUGUUUCAGCACUUACUCCACGAGCUGAGAUUGAAGGUGAGAUUGGAAUGCAGCAAAUGGGUUUGCAAGCUCGUCUUAUGAGUCAAGCUCUUCGUAAAAUGUCAGGAAACGCCUCUAAAGCUGGUUGUACACUUAUUUUCCUAAACCAAAUAAGAUACAAGAUUGGUGUGUACUAUGGGAAUCCGGAGGUAACUAGUGGAGGCAUAGCGCUGAAGUUUUUCGCAUCGGUCCGGCUAGAGAUCCGUUCUGCUGGGAAGAUCAAAUCUAGCAAAGGGGAUGAAGAUAUUGGUCUCCGAGCUCGCGUAAGAGUGCAGAAAAGCAAGGUGUCAAGACCGUAUAGGCAAGCAGAGUUUGAGAUUAUGUUUGGGGAAGGAGUCAAUAAACUGGGAUGCGUUCUUGAUUGUGCUGAAAUUAUGGAGGUUGUGCUCAAGAAAGGUUCUUGGUACAGCUACGAAGACCAAAGGCUGGGGCAAGGAAGAGAAAAAGCACUGCAACACUUAAGGGAAAACCCUUCUCUCCAAGAAGAUAUUGAGAAGAAAGUGAGAUUGUUGAUGUUAGAUGGAGAAGUUCAUCGAUCAACUCCUUUGGUAAGCAGCAGCUCUUCCCCAGGUUCCCAUCGCGAAGAAGAAGAAGACUCGCUUGAUGAUUUCCAAUGACUUAACCAAGAGUUAGGGAUCUAAUCCAUUUUAGACCAAGAUCAUGUUCAUCUCUUGACUCGUGAUGACUCCAAAUGGUUCUCCCGAAUAUUAUAUAUUGAAUCGAAAAUCAUUCUUGUGCAAUGAAAUCGUUCAAGAAUCACAAGAAGAUGAAUAUAUACAAACGCUAGGAAGUCUUUUAUAAA